AUGGGUCAAAACAAGCUGCUGGUCGUGUUGUUCCUGAUGAUUUUGUCUAGUACAACAUUGGGCAAGUGGAGUGCUGGAAAAGCCGAGAAGAAUUUGGCCUUCAUUGUGGAGAAGAGUACGGUGACUGCAAAGGCGAAACAAUAUUUUGGACAGAAUGGAGUUAACGGUAAGUGUUUUACAUUUCUUUUAGUUUUUCGUUUUUAGAACAUGGAUAGUUGCGAAAGAAGUUCUAAUGCAAUAUUUUACAGCUGUGAACUAUGUCUACGAGUUUCUGGACGACUUUGUCUUUGUGUCAGAAGAAGAAUUGGUCAAGAACCUGUCUUUUUUAAUGCUACUUUCCGGCGCUAUUCUUCUUGCCUUUCUCACGCUUACCAAUUUUGUCGUCGGCUAUGGUAGACAUUCAACCAGAGCGGCAUGGGUGCCAAUGAUGUGGUCGAAUCGUGCGUCCUGGUUCCUUCAAGAGAUUCCAUCGUUUCUCUUUGCUCUGUUGGCUCUUUACCGGCUAAAGAAUUACGAUCAAGUUGGACUCUCCGGUUGGGUGGCAUGGUUAAUGUUCACAGUCCAUUAUUUCCAAAGGUAGGGCUUUACAGUCUUCUAACCGAACAAUAUGAGUAAAAACAAGGUCUAACUUGAGUGUUUUCAUCAAUUUCAGAUCCUGCAUCUACACCUACCUUAUGAAAUCGGGUUCCAAAGGAGUUCCAGUCCACAUUUUCGUCUUCGGAUUUGUUUUUUGCUCAUGGAAUGGGUAUAUCCAAUCGCAAUACCACCUACAUUACGGUCACUACGACUCAUGGAACCCUGAUACUGCCCUUAACGUGCUGAGGGGAGUUGGAGUUGCCCUUUAUGUGAUCGGAUUUAUCAUAAACGUUGAUUCGGACAGAAGAUUGAGAGGUCUCAGGAAGAAUUCGAGUGAUUCCAGCUACAAAAUCCCAUAUGGUAAGAGAUUUUUUCCUUUUUCUUAAUGUUUAGGCUGUGCUCCGCCUACUGGUACUGAAUCCGUUUCAGGAGGACUGUUCGAAUUCAUCUCAUGCCCAAAUUACUUUGGAGAGAACGUUGAAUGGUUUGGUUAUGCCCUGUUUGCCCAAUCCCUACCUGCCUGGGCUUUUGCCUUCUUCACCUUCGCCAACACCUUCCCCAGGGCCAUCCAGAACCACAAGUGGUACCUGAACAAGUUCAAGGAGGAUUAUCCCAGGGAUCGGAAGAUCUUCAUGCCUUUUAUUUAUUGA